AGAAAAAUGGGGAUAAGAAAAAUCAUCUGGUGGCUCAUACUUGUAUACUCUUAUGAUAAAAUUUCGGCUUUUAAUGACAUUUUGUACAAACGCUCUCCGACACUUCAUGCUCAAAUGGGACAACUCUUCAAAUCAUGCUAUUCUGACCGACUGAAUCCAGUUGUGAUUACCACCAAUCUGAUUGAUGUAAUCGACGAACUCCAGGUGGAGAAUGUAAGCUUCCCAUUGAUGACUAUCGACCGUGAUUUCAAGGCCAAGGACAUACGAAUAUUCAUACCUGCUUACCCGCUGUACAUCGUAUCAACAGAUUCAACCGAUCAACUGCAAGGACUCCUCAAUGAACUGAAAUCGACACCGAUCUGGAACAUUGUAUCGAUAUUCUUCUUCAUCGAAGCUGGAGGGAACUAUUGUAAAAAUGCAUCGCAAGUGUUGCAAUUGCUUUGGAAAUUUGAGCUGUUGUCUUCCAUCUACUUUUGCAUUGAGCCCAACAACGAUAUUAUGCUUUACACUUACAACCCGUACACCAAUAGAGCCCCUGAUUCGUGGACCAAAGUCAACACAGAUGACAAACCAGACAGUCGGUGGACUUUAUACAAGCAACUGUACAUUCCAAAUGAUAAAGCAGUAUGUCAAAGUUUUUCCUAUGAUAAAACUAAAGCUCCAGAUGGCUAUGAAAUCAAAGCUAUUGGAGAAGCUCCACCAACAAGAUCUGUAGAGUAUAAUGAAACUUAUAACAUUUCAACUUUUGGAAGCACACCUAAAAACACUGAUGAAAAGUUUAUGGUAAGCGUAUUCUCUGCAUUGAACAUCACGCCAAGAAUCAAUUAUGACGACCCAGGUUUUUAUGUUGAAGAAACUGCUAUAGGAUUUAUAAGAUCAUUGAUAAACGCUACGCACGAUAUAAGUUUCACUAUGCGAAUUGUGCGUAGUUCUAUAGACGUCGUUGAUAGUAUCAAUCUGCAUUAUCAGAAUGGUUUUCUCACAUUGACGCAGUAUAGGCCGUUUGAAAUACCUGCCGAAGAAGUUAUUGAUUUUUCCGAUGUUGGUCCUGCUGUUGUACUUUUCAUCGGAGUACUUAUAGUUGCGUUCACAACAAUUGUCUUAAAUACUGGCAAUGAUUAUAUCCAAGCCGCUUUAGAUAUUUUACAAAUGGUGAUUGAAGCCGAAAUACUUACACCACUCCAACGACUAUCGAUGAAGAUUUGUUUCAUAGGAUCAUUUUUGAUGAUUUUCUUCAUGAGUCCCACGAUUCAAGGUCAGAUAUCAUCUUUUCUAUCUGCACCAGACCAGCGCAAUGUUGAUAACUUGAACGACGUAUAUGUUUGGAAGUAUGAGUUUUACUUUCAUCCUACAAUUGAAGAUCAAAUUCUUGAGUUAAACUUGUGGAAGAAUUCAUCUGAUCAAUUUCUACGACCGAAUGAUUACACGUACGAUGGAUGCGCACAAUUUGUUUUAAAUAAUUCUCAUGCUGCGUGUAUAGAGUACAGUGAAUUUCAAAUUGCGGAUGCUUUGAAGCACAACUUACAUAUUACUAAGAAUUAUGAUCUCAAAUUUUUUAUGACGUUCUGGGUAAGGAAGAACUGGGCACUCAAAGAUAGGAUUGAUCAGAUAUCGUUAAGAAUGACAGAAGCCGGUCUUUUGGAUCAUUGGGAUAAAAAAACGUUGCAUUGGCCUUUAAAGAACAUAAAAGAAUAUGAAUCUACUAACAGCUCGACUGAACUCGAACAAUUUGAACUAGAAAACAUGCUAUUUGCCUACUUAUUACUUUUACUGACAACUGCUUUUGCUUUUAUUGUAUUGGCCUUUGAAAUACUCCUAAAGAAAAUUCGACCACGCAGAAGAUUACAAUUGCAGCAAGAAAUUAAAGUAAUAAUGGGAAUAAGGAAAAUUAUUUGGUGGCUCAUACUUGCAUACUUGUAUGAUAAAAUAUCCGCUUUUGAUAACAAUUGGUACAAACGCUCUCCGAUAACUCACACUCAAAUGGGACAACUUUUCAAAUCAUGUUAUUCUGACCGACUGAACCCAGUUGUAAUUACCACCAAUCUGAUUGAUAUAAUCGACGAACUCCCAGUGGAGGAUGUAAACUUCUUAAUGAUGACUAUCGACCGCGAUUUCAAGGCCAAGGACAUACGAAUAUUCAUACCUGCUUACCCGCUGUACAUCGUAUCAACAGAUUCAACCGAUCAACUGCAAGGACUCCUCAAUGAACUGAAAUCGACACCGAUCUGGAACAUUGUAUCGGUAUUCUUCUUCAUCGAAGCUGAAGGGAACUAUUGUCAAAAUGCAUCGCAAGUGUUGCAAUUGCUUUGGAAAUUUGAGCUGUUGUCUUCCUUCUACUUUUGCAUCGAGCCCAACAACGAUAUUAUGCUUUACACUUACAAUCCGUACACAAAUAGAGCCCCUGAUUCAUGGAGCGAAGUCAACACAAAUGAUAAGCCAGACAGUCGGUGGACUUUAUAUAAUCAACUGUACAUUCCAAAUGAUAAAGAAAUAUGUCAAAGUCUCAGUUACGAUAAAACAAAGGUACUAGAUGGUUAUGAAUUGAAAGCUGCGUCAGAUCCAUUAUCGUGGGAGAACAUAACUCGGAACGCAACAUACGAUGUCUCUAGUUUUGAUAAAACAUUAUUCAAUAUAGAAAAAAUGUUAAUGACCAGUUUACUCUCAGCAUUAAAUGUUACGCCAAGAAUUUACUACGAUGAACCGGGUUUUUACCAAAAUAACACCGUAAUAGGGUAUCUAAAAUCAUUAGUAAACUCUACGUACGAUAUGGGUCUCGGAUCACAACUGGUUGAAUAUGAUGCUUCUCAAGUUAUUGAUUUCAUUAAUCUUCACUAUCAAAAUGGAUACCUGAUAUUGACACAAUACAAGCCAUUUGAAAUACCUGUCGAAGAAGUUACUGAUUUCUAUGAUAUUCUCCCUGCUGUUACACUCUUUAUAGGAGUACUAAUAGUUACCUUCAUAACGAUUGCCUUGAAUCCUGAUAAUGGCUAUGUUCAAGCGGCCCUUGAUAUUUUACGGAUGGUAUUAGGCACGGGAAUAUUGACACCAUUUCAACGAUUUUCGAUGAAGAUUUCUUUCAUAGUAUCAUUUUUAAUUAUUUUCUUCAUGAAUCCGGCGAUUGGAGGCAAAAUAUCGUCUUAUUUGUCAACUCCAGACCAGCGCAACGUAGAAAGUUUAAAAGACGUCUACGAUCAAAAAUACAACUUUUAUUAUGAGCCUGUCGUUGAUUUUGGCAUUCGUGAGCUAAACUUGUGGUCGAAUUCGUCUAAUAAUGAACUUUUACAUCCUAUAGAUUCUGCCUAUAUGGGUUGCUCAGAAUAUGUUUUAAAUGAUUCUUUGGCUGCGUGUAUGGCGUACAGUGAGUAUCAAGUUGCGGAUGCUUUGAAGUACAAAUUACAUGUUACAACGACUUUUGAUCUCAAAUAUUAUGUGUCAUUCUGGGCAAGGAAGAACUGGGCACUCAAGAAUAGGAUUGAUCAGAUAGCGUUGAGACUGACAGAAGCCGGUCUUUUGGAUCAUUGGGAUAAAAAAUCACUGCAUUGGCCUAUAAAAAAAAUAAAAGAAUAUCAAUCUAUUAGCAGCUCGAUUGAACUCGAACAAUUUGAACUAGAAAACAUGCUAUUUGCCUACUUAUUACUUUUACUGACAACUGCUUUUGCUUUUAUUGUAUUGGCCUUUGAAAUACUCCUAAAGAAAAUUCGACCACGCAGAAGAUUACAAUUGCAGCAAGAAAUUAAAGUAAUAAUGGGAAUAAGGAAAAUUAUUUGGUGGCUCAUACUUGCAUACUUGUAUGAUAAAAUAUCCGCUUUUGAUAACAAUUGGUACAAACGCUCUCCGAUAACUCACACUCAAAUGGGACAACUCUUCAAAUCAUGCUAUUCUGACCGACUGAAUCCAGUUGUGAUUACCACCAAUCUGAUUGAUAUAAUCGACGAAUUCCCAGUGGAGGAUGUAAACUUCUUAAUGAUGACUAUCGACCGCGAUUUCAAGGCCAAGGACAUACGAAUAUUCAUACCUGCUUACCCGCUGUACAUCGUAUCAACAGAUUCAACCGAUCAACUGCAAGGACUCCUCAAUGAACUGAAAUCGACACCGAUCUGGAACAUUGUAUCGGUAUUCUUCUUCAUCGAAGCUGAAGGGAACUAUUGUCAAAAUGCAUCGCAAGUGUUGCAAUUGCUUUGGAAAUUUGAGCUGUUAUCUUCCUUCUACUUUUGCAUUGAGCCCAACAACGAUAUUAUGCUUUACACUUACAAUCCAUACACCAAUAGAGCCCCUGAUUCAUGGACCAAAGUCAACACAAAUGACAAACCAGACAGUCGAUGGACUUUAUAUAAGCAACUGUACAUUCCAUACGAUACAAAAGUAUGCCGAAGUUUGAAUUGCAAUAAAACUAAAGUUCUAAAUGGUUAUGAUAUGAAAGCUACGGUAGAUCCAAUAUCGUGGAAGAACAUAACUCGAAACGCAACAUACGGUGUCUCUAGUUUUGAUACAACAUUAGUAAAUAUAGAAAAAAUGUUCAUGAUGGAGUUAUUCUCAGCAUUGAAUGUUACACCAAAAAUUAACUACGAUAGCCGAGGUUUUUAUGAAAAUAACACUGUAAGGGGAUAUUUAAAAUCAUUAGUGAACGGAACGCAUGAUAUAGGUCUUGGAAUGCACUUGAAACGUCGAAAUGCUAAUCAAAUUAUUGACGUCAUUAAUCUUCACUAUCAGAAUAAUUAUUUUUUGCUGACGCAAUACAGACCGUUUGAAGUAACUGUCGAUGAAGUUACCGAUUUCUAUGAUAUUUACCCGGCCGCUGUACUUCUCAUAGGAGUACUAAUGGUUACUUUUAUUACAAUUGGUUUAAAUACUGAUCACGACUAUGCUCAAGCGACUCGUGAUAUUUUACAAAUGAUAUUAGGCGCCGAUAUUCUUACGUCACUCCAACGAGGAUCAAUGAAGAUUUGUUUCGUAGUAUCAUUUUUAAUAAUUUUCUUCAUGAAUCCGGCGAUUGAAGGCAAAAUAUCGUCUUACUUGAUGAGUUCAGAGCAGCGCAAUGUUGAGAGCAUCAAAGACUUAUAUGAUCAAAAAUACAAUUUUUAUUACCUUCGUGCCUUUGAAGAUGAUAUUCUUGAUCCAAACUUAUGGCCGGAUUUCUCUAAAAGCAAACUCUUACAUCCUUCAGAGUCGGUUUAUAAGGGUUGUUCAAAAUAUGUUUUAAAUGAUUCUUCUAACGCAUGCUUGACAUUUAAUGAAUUACAAAUAGCUGAUGCUUUAAAGUACAAAUUACAUCUUACAAAGAUUUUGGACCUUGAAUUGUACAUGACGUUUUGGGUACGGAACAACUGGGCACUCAAGAAUCGGAUUGAUCAGAUAGCGUUGAGAAUGACAGAAGCUGGUCUUUUGGAUCAUUGGGAUAAAAAAAAGAUGCAUUGGCCUUUAAAGGAAAUAAAAGCAUACGAAUCCAUUAACAGCUUGACUGAAGACGAUCAAUUUGAAUUAGAAAACAUGCUAUUUUCCUACAUAUUACUUUUGCUGACUACAACUCUUGCUCUUAUUGUAUUUGGCUUUGAAAUGCUCUUAAAGAAAAUUCGAUCACGCAGAAGAUUACAAUUGCAGCAAAAAAUUGUAAUAUUCAAUCGUCGAGUCCACGUUAUCAAUGAGUGUUAUCAAAGUUCUGAAAUGCACCCGUCAAAAUCAGUUGGUGUUGUUCUUCUGAACAGAUCGGAUGUCAGAGCUGAAUUUUUUACCGAAUCUGGAUAUUACGUUAACAAGAUUCGUUGUCGUUCACGUGAAAAGCUGCUUCACUUAUAG